CUCGUCCCUGCGCUGUCUGCUCACUGUCUGCUCUACACCGAGCCUGCGCACUCAACGCCUCCAUUGUUUCGCCAGUAACAGCAGUGAAGACAGCGGCAGCCGCGACAGACAGGAGUCGAGAGGAGCUCCAUCAGCUCGGCCAGGCUGUGCGUCACGGUCUGCCCACUCCCGGCUGGUCUCGGACAGGACCGUGGCAAGGGCACGCGCCCGCAGCGUCACUGUUGUCAGCGGCACAGCAGACAGCAACAGUUGUCACGAUGUGCGCGACCAGAUGAGGAGCGAGGAGCGGAGAGCACUGCGGCGCUGCUGCUCGGCCCGCUCUGCUUAGGACCACCCCGGGACUAGCCCGGGACUGGAGGUCCGGACAACUAAGGGCGGGCACUCAGCUGUGCGCGUGGAGAGAGAGGUGGCCCCAAACCCAGUGUUAGCCUACGGCAAUAAGGUGCUUCAGGAGCGCUGUGGUGCGGGUGGUGAGGGACUGGCCCAUGCACCGCGCGGCGGGGACACGGGCAGAGAGCUGACGAGCCCGACCUAGGGACAGGCGCGGAGGCCCACGGAACGACGCUGAGGGGAGCCCCUCCUGAAUACCCCAGAACCACACAGCGGUCUGUGGAUGGGGGGCAAGCAGAGCACCACAGGACGGCCUCGGGGCACGUUUCCAGGGGUGUCCACGGAUGACAGCGCGGUUCCCCCUUCAGCCCAUUUCGGUCAUUACCGACCCAGUGGAACAAUGGGCCUGCGCAGCCGCUCGGUGAGCUCUGUAGCCGGCAUGGGGAUUGAUCACAGCGCAACUGUGCCCUUCGGCUUCUAUCCCCCCAGAGGGACGGACUCAGAGAGAGCCGGAGGUGGGUCUGGCACAGCUGCCCCUCACGGUACCGGAUACCAGGACACUGGGGGCGGCGGGCAUCACACAGACGGGGUGCUUUAUCUGGGGUCCCGGGGGUCGCUGGCUGACACCUUGCCCCUGCACAUCACGCCCCGCUGGUUCAGCGCACACAGCGGAUUCAAGUGUCCUGUCUGCUCCAAGUCUGUCGCAUCCAAUGAAAUGGAGGUUCACUUCAUCAUGUGUCUAAGCAAGCCCCGCCUCUCCUACAACGAUGAUGUGUUGGCGAGGGACGCUGGGGAGUGUGUAAUCUGUCUGGAAGAACUGCAGCAAGGGGACACCAUCGCCAGACUGCCGUGCCUCUGCAUCUACCACAAAAGCUGUAUAGACUCAUGGUUUGAGAUUAACCGGUCCUGUCCUGAACACCCGUCUGACUGACAACUGACCACUGGGCCUACACAAAGACUGCACCAGAACCUGCGGUGGCGCUGAUGUGAACAACCUGAGACAGACGCAACAAUCCCAUACUUAUCCAGAAGAAACCAUCAUUGUCACGGCAAUUAUAACUUCUUGUCGAUUCAACCAAAAGCACUUGAGCUCAGAAGCCAUGCUCCAUUAUGUCUGAAUCAUAGACAGUGUGGGCUCGUCCUGUCCCGAGCCUCGCCGCUGAAGACGUAUGGGUCCUUUGGGGACAUAUCCUCACUGGGACCUUAUAGGAAUAAUUAUGGGGACACAGACAGUGAGGAGUGGACUUACAGAGGAGUGGUUUUAUUGUUAUUGUGCAAUGCCAGACUGAACAACAAUUGCUUUACUCAUAUUAAUCGAUCACAGAUUUCAAUUUGAUUUUGGAGUCUUUUUAAAAACAAUAAAACAAACACAAAUUGCUUCCAUUAUUGAUUUGACAAGACAAAUACUCUAAAUUCUCGUUUAAAAGAACACAGGUGAUCACUGACGAUAUGAAAUCAUCAGAUGCCAGUUUGCUUAAAAUGCAAUUAUUAACUCGGGCAUCUUGCAAGUCAAGCAGUUAAAACGUCAAUUUGUGAUUGCUAUAAAAGUACACAAAACCAUUUAAAAUCUUGGUUCCACUGUCAGUCCACUCCUUGAUUAAUAGUGAAAGUAAUUAGGGGACAUCAAGACAAGGCACAGAAGAUCCAGACAGAUGAACUAUGCUGUGUAAUAUACAGUGAGCCUCUCAUCUCACCACAGGACAGUACCAAGUCUCCUGCAGACUGGUCUAAGUGUGCUUCUCAUAGAGCUUCUGACCUCCUCGCCAAUUCGACCAUAAUUGUAAUCAAACAAGUCCCCACAACGCUUGUAGAGUCCUCAAGAAUGCACAAGUGUGUAUAUGUGGGUCUACAGAGAAAGUCCAUGGGGAGGAGAAGGAGCAGCCAUGUAUCUAAUGCUCCUGUUGCAUUGUGUGUGUGUUUGUGUGACAGUAAGAAUAGUGGAUUCAAAAUGAGAAAAUGUGAACUACAAUGAAAACUUUUUGAAAGAUAUACCAAUCAUCUUCAUUUAUAAUUCAUCAGAGAAAUGGUAUUACUCAUACCUCAUUACUCAUAUGUUUUAGUAAUGUAAGCUGUUACAAAAUGCUGGUGACAUUUGGGCGUUAUAUGUUUUUGUGUCAUAAAAAAUCAAGGUCAGUAAUUGUCCUGAAAAACUAACAAAUUAAAAAGUAAUUAGUGUUACCACAACUUAACUCAUCUUGUAGACGUCCCAACCUACAAAAUUUCUGGUAUCAGGUCUUUAUAGACAUUACAUAUGAAUUAUUUAUCACAACAUAUUUCUUUUUCUACACAGUUACCAGAGGCAUGGUCCACUAUUCUUCUGUCUAUGGUGUGUGUUGUCCGGCUUCAUGUGUGAAUGUGCACUGUAUAUAUGACUGAGUGACUACAGAUGUGUGUCUGUGACUGGUUUAAUGUUUACAGUGCAGAGGUCCAAGUCUUCAGUCUGUGAGUCAUCCCUAGCUUCUUCUCACGAUGUCCACACAACCAUUUCUCCCAAAGUCAAUGUAUGUGACAUUUCCCGAAACUUGGACAAACAGACGGAGAAUAAAUCUCUUAUUGUUUACAUUGAACGUGCUUAGAGACUGACUGGGUUACAAGUGGUGCAACAGAGAAAGUAAGAGCUGGACAAGCACAAGUUUAGUUCACUGAUUAAAAAAAAAAAGAAAAAAAAAAAAAGCCCUACUACUGUGAUACAAUGUACAAAAUAAAAUGUGAGGAUGUAUUGUCACAAAACAUACAGAUAUUUACUCUUAUCUCAAUAUUUUUUAAAUAUUAUUUAUACCAUCUAAAUAAGAAAAGUAACAUCACUAAUGAACAUAUUGUAUAACAAGUUAUGAGUAUUGCAAAUAGCACUUUUAAUAGAUAUGCUCUGCUUGCCAACUAAACAAAAGUACAUUAACUAGAGGUGACUCCAGUAUCACCUUGUUCUGAACAAACAUUACAGGUUUUAUUCACUACUCAAACCUCCUACCUCCUGAAUAAAGCUCAUGAAUCACUUGCUGCAUUUUAAUUCUUUUGAACACACUGAAAAUGUGAAAUGGUCACAGUUUUAGGAGAGAUGGUUGUGUAAUUGUUGUUCAGUUUUAUAUGAAUGAGUUUGUGUGUGUGGAUGUAUAUGUGUGUGUUAGCUGCUGGCAAGGCGCCUCCCUUCAAUGCUUCUGUCUCCAUGUGUCCCACAGACUAGAACAGAUCUGACUGUGGCUCACACCCUGAGGACUGUAGUCUCGUGGAGUAGUGCCACUGGACUUAUUUAUUCAUUUGUUCAUAUUUAACAAUAUUUGUUUAUAUUACAAUCAUGUGAGGUGUAACUCACUCUCCAGAACGAGCUGGCGUAUGAAGACUACUACAACAAACUGCAUUUACAACGCUACUGUAAACAAAUGGUGGAAUAAAUUGUGCUAGAUGA